UCGAUCAACAAUAAAGAUGACUCUCUCUGUCGAUCUCUCGAUUCGAUACAGCGAUGUCAAACCAGCCUCAAAGCUUUUCUCAACAAUUGUCGAUGCCUAUGAAAAGAACACUCGGGCUCGUCGUGUUCAACUCAAGGACAACUUCUGGUCAGCUCGACAUGACCCCAACGCACCGAUAGCCAAAUGGAUCGCUAGGAUUAGGAAGGCGGCAUCCGACUUGAAUUCCGCCAAGAUAGCCCCAGCCGAUCAGCAAAUAUGUGACCGGCUCUUGCGAGGACUCGGCGAAUUGUGGAAGACGAUUCGUGAUCAUCUCAUGUACUCCCCUAAGGAAGUCAGUCUCGAUGAUGCCAUCGGAGCUCUUGAAGCACACGAGCUCUCCACGACACCUCCGACGGACCAUUUCGGACACGAAGCCGAUGCUUCGGUCUCAGCUGCAAAAGCCAAACGAUUCGGCUGUCACAACUGCAGUGAACGGGGUCACCAUUCCUCUGGAUGCCCGAAACCAAAGAAGAAACCGUCGACCGCUCAAGCGAAUUUGGUCAAAGCUCGUGCUGGUGCGACGUCGGCAGCCCCGCUUGGCUACUACGGUCCCGAAGACGAUGAAAAUGAUAACGAUAGUUUUGAUGAAGAGAUUGAUGUGGUGUGGGGAUAG